AUGCCACUUACUAUAGAUGAUGUUCCCGACUCGUUUUACGGUUCAUAUGUAAGGAAGCAUAAAAUUGCUACGGAAGCCGAUAUCAUUAAGGCAUACGAAAAACAACAAGCAAGACAUGUUGGUAGGAGUCUGGGAAAAAAGCAGCCUGAAAUCGGUCUUAACGCUUUUGCGAUGAAAAUGGAUGUUGUUGAAUAUGCGUUUGAGCAUCAAGACAAACAUGACCAAAACAAUACUGUCAAUGCCUUUCUCAAGUUCUUGCAAGAGGAAUGCAUUAAUCGGUGGACGCCCGAUUGUAAUUAUUAUUCGCCAUAUAUGUCAGUAGUACAAGCGAGUGGCAUGGGGAAGAAUGUACAACAAGAAUUAGAUCUAGGCUAUCCAAAACGGUCCAGCAUCACUCCAGUCUUGUUGCUUGAUCAUAAGUUGACAAAAAUGUCAAAUAAUGGGGUUGAAAUUUCUGUUCAUCCAGAAAACAUUCAUCUGCUAUUUCUGGGUGCUUGUAUAGAUUUACUGGCCACAUCAUUAAAGAUGCCGUUGGAAUGGUUUUACUUUCAAAAAAGUUGUUCCUUUUGGUCACAAAUUCAUGCAUUGAUGGAGAACUUGAAGAAUGAAAUCCCAGAACCUCAAUCUGAAAUAUCUCCAACAAAUUUAAGCAAGUUUGCAGAACCUAAUCACUGGAUGCUUUAUGGGCGACCACUGUGGGGAGCUUUAGUACAGGCACAACACACCAAAGAGCUUAAAAAUAAAUAUCCAUUGUUGGAUAUUUUACUAAUGGCUGCUGGUAAACUCAUUGGUGGGGUUGAUUUUCGUAAUUGGUUUUCAAAUUAUAAGAUAAAAAAUGAAAGAGUUACACCCUUGGUUGCUAUCGCUGUAUUGGGUCAGAGACUUGUACUCAACAUAAUACCACAGUCAGAACUUGCAAUGGAAUUAGUAGCAAGUGCUAUGCGAGUUUGUCUACAUAUUACAGAAGAUCGUGGAACUAUUCUAUCAACAUACUUGUCUGAGCCAACUUUAGCUGAGGCUGCAGCAUAUAUCAUGAACAUUGACAAUGGGUUGCUUGUACCAGAUCUGCUGACUAUGUUAAUCAAUAGUAUCAAAGAAGGAGUUGCAGAGGCCAGUUAUCGUGGUGAAUUGGUAGCACAUUUUCUCUUACUGUUGGCAUAUGACUAUGCUUGUAGUCAGUUUAAAGCGACUGUGUCAUAUUUUCCUGGCUAUUAUUCACAAGGCAUCACUGUGCAACAAUUCUUGCAGGCUUUGCUGGAUUAUGAGAUUUUUAACCUAAUUGCAACAGAUAUUUCCACCAGUAAACCCAAUGCACUAGCACCACUUGAACAAGGAGCUGCUGUAUUGUGUAAACAUAACCAAUGUGGUGUAGACAUUAUCAUACCAGUGUUACUAGACCCUGAAGGAAGGAUGAAUAUCAAUAAUAUAACCUAUAUUCUUGUGCAAGUCAAAAACUGGAGACAUACACCAUCACAGCGUCAAGUCCAAGAAGCUUCAAGAAUGAAACUCUCCCCUGAGUUUGCUGGAAUUACCACACAACAUUUACUACCUUAUUUGUCUCUCUAUUUGCAGCUGGGUGAUGAGAAAUGCACAGCACAUGUUGUGGAAGAUAUUGGUAUUUUACCAGAAGUUGACAGCUUGUAUAAAUUAGUUUUGUCAAACCCCAAUUUAUUGAAAUGCCCAGCUGAUAAUGUAGAAAUUCCCUUGAAAAGAGUCAAAAUUGGCAGAAAUAAUCCACAUUAUCCAUCAGAGACAUCAGUUUCUUCUGUGAUACGUCAGACUUUCCAAGUGUCAUUAGCUGUUUAUGGUCUUGGAGAAGAAGUCUCUGUUGCCUGGCCUGAUGCAGCUGAGCUUGAGGAUGAUAGUGAACGUGUACGGCGUAUGCAACCAUUAGUAUAUAUUCAUGCCAGUCAAUAA